ACGUGAUGGUGAUUACGAAAGCUCCUAUUCGCAUUUCUUCGUGUCUAUUUGAACUUUCGCUUUCAAAGUCUCGAUCGUUUGUUACGCUAUUGUUUUUUUUUCUUCGAUUAUCCCCAACUUCUUGUUUCUCACACAUUUUGGGUCGUUUCUCUUGCAAAUCCCAUACCACCAGACGAUGGAUGCUAGAGAAGAGAAAUCCCCACGAUGAUCGCAACACAGAGAUUGUAUUAUAAGAUCGCGAUCUUGUGCAGAAAUUUCAUGUCACUCUCCCGAUGACUUUGUUGCCGUCUUUACGUAAUGUCUUGCACUCUUUCUUCCGCCUCUCUGAACUUUCUUUCUUCCAUCAUUUAUUACUUUAUUAUUCACAUCACACAGCAAAAGUAAAAAAAAAAGACAGCUUCACAGACGUGAAACUUUUACUUUCAAUCUCAACGAUCUCGAUUUUGUCUUCACAAUGCGGAAAAGGCAACUCCAUGACAUUUUGAGGUGAUUCUCGACCAUUUUGGCCUUUGCUCACCCAAAUUUAUAGCAUCUCGACUUUCUCGCAUGAAAAUUUCCAUUAGAAUUUGAACUUUUCCUCCCAUACUGCCUCACUAGUGCUUUGUGAGGAAAACUUUUUUUUUUCUAUAUUCUCGCCAGUAUAUAGUUUCUUUCCUCAACACUGCAAAUGAGUCCCUCUCGUUUUUCUUGUAAGUGCAAUUGAUGUGCACAGUACACAUGGUUGGUGGGUGACGUGGGGAGUCAAGGGGGUACUUUAGCAUUCAGUUUUGUGUGUAGAAAUCGUUUCUGGGUCAGUCGAAACGAACAGAAAACGACCGAGCCGAUGACUCGGAUUGAGCAGAAGGCAAGCGGAGAGUCCACAAGUGAAUUGUCUGACUUGAAAAAAAAAGCGUUUAUUGCUCCCAAGUUUUUCAUUUAGUUGAAAAAAAAAAGAAAUAACUUACUUUUGGGGGAAAUUCUUGGAAAAAUAUCAAAGGAAACUAGUCGUUAUAUAUAAAGCACAUCAAUAUGAGCUUUUUGAUUAUAUAUCUAGUUGUUUUGACGAAAGAACUUAACGAAAGAUCCUCUGCAAGAUCUCAUAAGUUGGCGGUUUUUUUCUAACAGUUCCUUGCAAUUUUGUAAUGUAUAUUUUUUUGGAGGAAAAAUCAAAUUCAUUUUUUUUCAUCUUUUAGAAAUGCCCCCCUCCACACUUUCCAUGCCUCUCAGUCACUCUCACUGAACAAGAGUGCAAAAUUGAAUGCCUAUUUCAUUUGCACUCACUAAAAUUCCUCCACAAAUCGUCCUCUCCCCCAUUUUAAUUCACUUCUACCAAGAGUUUGCGAGAGUGAGAGAGUUGGAGCUCCACCGUAUGCGCGCCAAACGCCGACUUUUCGUUUUCAUUCGGCUCUCCGGUUGGAAGACAUUCAGUCGGUAACCUACUUUGUUCCGAUUCGCACUUGUGUGUUAACGAAAAACCAUCUCAUUUUUGCCUCCUCAAAAAUAACAGUCGUUUAACCGACACCGUGAAAAUAAUUCACAGGAGUGCUCAAAGCACUUCCUGCCGUGAUAUAUAAAUCCCAUAUUUGCAAAAAAAGGAAGAAUUCAUCCCAAAUGUGGUUUUAGGAGUUGUGAAAGGAUAUUUUUGCAUGGGAAAUUUUUUUAAAAGUGUUUUGUGUGUGAUUUGGGAGUUUUCCCCAUGCAUCUUUCGACGCACUUUGAGCACUUAUCCCGCGCUUCAGCUCCAUCACGCAUCAUGAAGGAGGUCACAGUGUUUUUCACACGCCUCCAUUCACGUCAUUUUCCAUCCCAGGGAUAUAUUAAUCCCUUUUGGAAAUAGUGGAAUACACACAAUCUCAGUUUUAGCUGACAAGAAAAAAAUCACCUUCAACCCGCCAGAGCACUAAAAGUGUGUACAUUUAGUGUGCAGUUUUCCACGUCCAACCUACCAAGUGCUUAAGUGCGAGAAUUAGGGAAGAAAAAACAUGGAGAGACUGGGAUAAAAUUGAAAAAUUGAGAAAAUCCAUAAGUGUUGUUAAUGUGAAAUAUUUUUUGGGUGGCAAAUUUUUAAAUUAGACGCAGUUUUACCAUUGAACUUUACAUUGAAAAGUCAUAAAGUGUGAGAGAGUGAGAAACACAACCACCUUGAAAUUCGGGAAAUUCAUUAUGCAGAAAGCCAGCACGAGUUGUACGCGCAAAAUACACACCAAAUGAAUUUAAAACUGAUUUUUCGUGAUUUUUUUUCUUCUCAUUUAACCAAGAAAAACUAAUAAACUUGCCCUGAGGAAAAUUCCACACCCAAAAAAAGCCCCGCAUUUCUGUGUGUACCAUCAUCGUCUUUAUGAGAGACUAACUAAAGCUCUCCAAGAUAAUACGUAACCCGAAGACAAGGAAGAGCAAGGCAUAAUGUGCAAGUGAAAGUGUUUCAAGUGAUUCGCAGAUUUAUUUUCUUUAUUUUCUUCUCAUUUGGUGCUCCACCACGGUGUUCCCACAGAGGUGAAUAUUAUUCCCUCAAGUGACCACAGAAGAGACUGAAAGUGAAAUUAUAUAGUAGUGUGGAAAUACUAUGAAGACGCAAUUUACGAAUUUAUUCGUCGAAGCUAAAAAAGUUCGCAGUUGUUUAUCUGUGUACGAGAUAAAAUCAUUUUAGUUAAUAUGAGUAAUAUUUUACUACGUUACGCAUCUACGAGAGAAACAAAGUAAGAGAGUCAUUCUGUCCUCCCUGAGAUCACAGGCGACUCAUUAGAUCGACGCGUUAACCGCUAAGAUCGUUCGGUGUGCCUCACGAAGGAGGAAGAAGAGAAUGUCAAUGAGAAAUCACUUCAGUAAAACAAUCUCCGAAUUUCCGCAUGUGGAUUUGCAACAUUGACCUCCACGACCAAAGAACUCGCCAUUUAGCGCGCCUUUGCUGUGGUGUUUCACACACCAACUUAAGAAGUGGGGGAUCAAGAUGCCACAUAAGAGAAAUGCUGAGGAAAUGGCAUAUGGAUUAAUCAUCAAGUGAUAUUGAAUUUGAGAGACAAACUGUGUGCGUGUGUAUUUGAGAACUCACGAAGAAAAUAUACCCUAAAUAUACAUCAAAAAAAAUUUUGUUGUUGUAUCAACCCCUUCUGUGAUUUGACAAGCUGAAUUCAUUUACAAUUGUGCGCGAAAACGGAGGGGGGAACGCGGAUCUGGAGCCUCCCCCGCAUCAAGUACCUCCCGUCACGCCGACCAAGCGUCAAACUUCACCAACGCGACGGGAAAUUCCUACAAUGACAUCUCUAGGAAUUAUGACACUGAGCCGUGGCCCGUACAGUGAGCUCGAUAAAAUGAGCCUCUUCCAGGACCUCAAAUUGAAAAGGAGAAAAGUCGACUCUAGAUGCAGUAGUGACGGUGAAUCAAUAGCGGACACGAGCACGUCAUCUCCUGACUUGCUAGCCCCAAUCUCGCCUAAAAUGUGUGAUAAUUCCGCGACGCCGGCGCCCGCGGCAGCUCCCACCUCGGCGCCAAGUACACCCACACCACCCACAAGUGCUGAGGCGGCGUCCAGUAGCAGCACAAUAGCGGGAGCUGCAGAGUCCAAUGACGCCACAACUGUGAGCCGCUCAAGUCCCGACUCGAUCGUCACCGAGGACAUCCACACCGCAACGUCGUCAACAAUUGUGGCGGCAUCGAGCAGUGGCGCCAAUCCCAGCGUCAUACGCUCCGUCAAGACUGAGCGACUAUCACCUCCGCCGCCCGCCGAUCGACCAAAACCACCCACAACACAGACGCAGCAACAGCCUCAGCAUCACGUCACGGUACUCGUAACGCCAUCCCGAAUAAAAACUGAGAACCACCAUGCAACUCUGGUACGAAAAGUAACACCCGCAACAACGGCGGCCACCAUGAUGGGAACAUUCCCCAUUGCCACAACUGCCAUUAACCAUCAGCGUGAUGCACCCACAACGUCAAGUGGGGCUUCAUUCGCACCCGUCAUGAUCCAGACGACAUCUGCACAUCAGCAACAACUGCAGAUGCUGCAUCAUGCCAUUGCAUCAACGUCACCACAGCAGAUCAUCCAUCGUGCUGAGACACAGCCUACGUCAGUUACACAACUGCAAAUCCCCAUCCAGAUUUCACAGGCACAGUCUGUACGAAUAAAGCGUGAACGGUCACCUAGCCACACAAUAGUCAACCAAGCAUCCAUUGCAGCUACUGUGGUACCCAGUCAGUCGGGUAGUCAGCAAAGGGCGACACUCCAAAUGCCCCCACAUUCACCACUGCAGCUGAGGCAUCCCAUUCGUGAUGCCGCAAUCUUGUUGCGUGUAAAGAAUGAGGUGAACUUGCCGGGCCUCGUGCAAACGGCAGCUGGGCAGCACAGAAUGAUCUGGGGUGCAAAUACCCGCAUCAAUGGCGUGAAACCAGAGAUAAUUGGCGGGCCAAUGCCGGGUCUGCGACCACAGGCACUUGGUGUUGUGCAACCGCCAACGCAAACAUCACCGCAGCCAAAUGUAACGCAACAGAGUACAUCAAUAUCGCUACAAACGCCGCCGCCUAGAGCUACCCCAACUGUGAUCAUGGGCGAAUCGUGUGGUGUACGCACGAUGGUGUGGGGAUUCGAACCUGCCGCAGUAUCGCAAAUACCCCAGACGCCCGCUACAACGAUCAGCCCCACAAGCGUUAGUUCUGUACCUGGUUCGGCGGCACAGAACAACGAGGAGGCUGCUCAGCUACUGCUCAAUCUUGGUCAGGCUGCAGCAUCACGCGUGAGUGACAUUCGACCGCGCGUACCACCUCAGCCACGAUCAAAUCAUCCACUGAACAUGGAACGACUGUGGGCAGGGGAUUACAGCCAAUUACCGGCCGGUCAGCAAAUGCAUGCUCUUAACCUGUCACAGCCUCAAUGGACUGCAGGCGGUUUACACCUCUCCACGAAUAAAACGGAUUCAUCGCACCACCAAGAAGCACCUGCUGAUGAUGAAGACCAACCCCUCGUUUGUAUGAUAUGUGAGGAUAAAGCAACAGGACUACACUAUGGGAUCAUCACAUGUGAAGGAUGCAAAGGCUUCUUUAAGCGGACAGUACAGAAUAGACGUGUGUAUACGUGUGUUGCCGAUGGGACGUGUGAGAUCACAAAGGCCCAGAGGAAUCGUUGUCAGUACUGUCGCUUCAAAAAGUGCAUAGAGCAGGGUAUGGUGUUGCAGGCUGUGCGAGAGGAUCGGAUGCCAGGAGGACGAAAUAGUGGAGCUGUGUACAAUCUCUACAAAGUGAAGUACAAGAAGCACAAGAAAUCCGCCCAGAAACCCGCGACGCAGGGUGCUCAACAAGUGCAGCAAGCACAGCAGGUGCAACAGGCCAAGUUAACGGUGUCGACAGAUGUGCAAGAUGCAAAAUCAUUAUUCCUCACACCUGUACAAACAACCCUGAAGCCCGCUGAAGGUAUCAACUUACCCUCCCACCUCGUGAACGGUACCAUCCUCAAGACGGCCCUCACGAAUCCCAGCGAAAUUGUACACCUGCGUCAUCGGCUCGAUAAUGCCGUAUCCUCAUCGAAGGAUCGAAGUGUCUCCUAUGAGCAUUCUCUCUGUAUGAUCCAAACACUCAUUGAGUGCGAUGAGAUGGAGGAUAUAGCGACGCUGCCACAUUUCCCUGAAUUCCUCGAGGAUAAAUCUGAGAUAGGUGACAAACUUUGCAACAUCGGUGACUCAAUUGUGCAUAAAUUGGUGUCGUGGACAAAGAAGUUGCCUUUCUACCUUGAGAUUCCCGUGGAAAUUCACACGAAACUCCUCACGGAUAAGUGGCAUGAGCUUCUGGUACUCACAACAGCUGCCUACCAAGCUCUGCAUGGACGCAAAACACCUCCGGGUACGAAUACGAGUACACCGACACAGCAGAGUCCAUCACCUACAUCGCGACCCAUCACGCCCGAAAAGAAUGACCCGGAAUUCGUGCAAGAGGUCACAAAGCACCUCUGUACACUCCAAACAUGCCUCACGACGCUCAUGGGACAACCCAUUUCCAUGGAGCAGCUAAGGGCAGACGUGGGUCAUAUGGUGGAGAAAAUGACGCAGAUAACAAUAAUGUUUCGACGAAUAAAGCUCAAAAUGGAGGAGUAUGUUUGCCUGAAGGUCUAUAUCCUCCUCAAUCGGGAAGUUGAACUGGAAAGUAUUCAGGAACGCUAUGUUCAAGUUCUGCGGAGUUUUCUUCAACAUUCAUCACCACAUAAUCCUGGAAGACUUGGGGACCUGUUAGCUCAUAUACCUGAGAUACAAGCAGCUGCUAGCUUACUGCUGGAGAGUAAGAUGUUCUACGUACCGUUUGUACUAAACUCUGCGAGUAUUAGGUAGCAGAUGAUUGAACGGGGCCUUUUGGAACCGGAUAAUGAUGAAAUAACGAACAACCCACCAAGUGAUUCCUCACACCAACCGCCGCAAACUGUAUCGCCUAUCGCGACAAGCAGUUCGCAUGGUCAGGGGAAUCUAGACGUACAACCGGCUACCCGGACUGUCAUACAGCAGACGCCGCAGCGUGUUAUGUCGAGUGGCGUCAUAAAGCAAUCAAAUCCCGCAACACUGACUACCGCGGUCCUUGUUAUCAAUACUCUGCUACCUGACAAUUUCGCCAGCAAGGAAAUUAAGGAUUUCAAACCAUAAACGAAACGUAAGAACAUACAUAAAUUCACCUACUCCCCGCAUUAAAGGUCAGAGAGAGAGAAAGAGAUAGAAAAACUAACUAAUCACACGAAAAAAUGUGUUUGGUAUUUUCCAAAAAGGAAAUGCAAAAAAAAAAGAAAAAUUGCAGACACACAUUUUAUACACACUAGGAAGUCUGAAACAAUGCCUUCAAUUAACAAUUAAACUAAAUUAAAUGAAGAGAGUAAUGAGAAGUAAAGAAAAAAGAAUUAAAAAAAACUGAACUAACUAUUAUAAGUACCGUAGUAAGUGUAAAAGAAAAAUACUAAAUUUUAUUACGUGUAGUGAGAGAUACAUACAUAUUUAAAAUGCGCGCGCGAAUAGGCCUAUAUAUUUGUUUCACAUAAAUUGAUGAAAAAAAUAUAAAAAAUGAGUAAAAAGUAAAUGUAAAAAUAUUCAAAAAAUCAAUAUUACCAUACAAAGUCAUUUUAUUAUAAAAUACAUUUCGUAACUUUUGCUUUCCAAACUUCUGCAUUAAAAUGCAUUUGCCCAGUCAUGUUUGAUUGGAGCAAACUCCAAAAUGUUUUUAGACUUUUUAGAUGUUUGAUUUUGUCAUGAAAAAGGAAAACUUUUUUUUUAAUUAAACUUUUAUGUUUAAGAAGCUUUCGUAGAGCUAAAAAUAAAUAUUUUUUGUUUUCUACAAAUUCCUUUAAACUUUUUGAUAUUUUUCAAAAGUUUUUUAGAAAUUCAAUAAAGAGUCCAAUCAAAAAUUUUAUGCUCCUAAUCGACAUGACUGCUUAGAAAUUUCCUCUGGAAUAAUAAACAUUUAAAAAUACAUAAUCCCAAUUUUACAUCCUAAAAUUUAUUAAAGAAAAAAAAUUUCAUGAACUGCAUGGUAAUAUUUUAUCAUUUUGAAUGAAGAUCUUAUUUCAAAAGUUUCUUUUAGAGAAAGUUUAUUUCUUUUAAAUAUACUUUGUUCAAUCGUUCUCCAGUCAUUAUUCAUGUUUUCUCCAAAACAAAAUCAACAUUAUUUUUAAUGUUUUUUCUUCAUUUUUGUAUUAAAAACAACAAAUAGACGUUUAAGUUAUAACGACGAGAACAUACACAAAACACCGACAGUUUAAAUGCAUGAAAAACAUGUAGAUAAUAUAGAAAUCUGAGGAAACUAGAAUUAUUGUUACCAGUGAAACCAACACUUAAAAAAACCAGAGUUACCCAAGUAAUAGAUAAUCUUAAAAAAAAAUAAAAAAGAGAAGAAACACGAAAGUUUAAAAAACCAGAAACUGCCAUUUAAAAAAAUGCACACCAAAAAUAAAUGAAAACUGAGAGAGGAUAAAAAGUCCACUGAAGACAACAUUUUCAGAAGAUGAUUGAAGAGAAAAUUGAUGCUGCCAGAGUCUAUGUAUACACAAUUUUAUUAAUAUUGUCCCUUUUAAGUAAGAUUAUAAAGAAAAAGAGAAUAAAAAUAUAAAACAAAAGCAUUUAGCGAUGAAGCACAUCCUCGAAAGAAUAUGAUUACUAUACCUUAAUAUUUAAAGAAGAAAAAAAAUGAAAGCAAGAAAUUAAGCUCAUUAAAUAUUCCGCAAAAUCACAUCAAAGAAAAGAAUAAAAGAGAACACAAUCUUAAUCACUCCUAAAUAUGAAUAAAACAAAUAAAUUUAACAAAAAAGCUAUCUGACUAAAUAUAACAUUGUGAGAAAAAUCAGAAGAUUAUAAUGAAAGAAUAGACUGAAGAUGACUUUUUUCUGCAUACAUUGUCUUUUUUUUUUUCUUCCCCAACGUCCACUAAACUUUUCAAAAGCUAAUAAAUAUUUUGUACAAAAUUUAUUGGUUAUUUGCAGUGUUUUAUUUACCAAAAAAAAAAACAUUUAAAUUGUAUUUUUUUUAUUUGCAACUAUAAGGAAUUUAUACUAAAAAAAAUUGUAAGUGUGUAAAAAAUAUAUAUUUAAAAACAAAUAUGGUGCUCUUAGAGGUUAGUAAAUAUUAAUGAAAAAAAAUGAAUGAAAAAUUCUGUGCAAAUUAAUUUUGAAGUAUAUAUUUUACCGCAGCCACACUUUAAUCCACACAAAAUGAAGAAAAAUAAAGAAAUAUUUCAAUGCAGAUUAUAAAAAAAAUAUCGCAAAAUAUUUAACUAAAUGUAUUACAUAUAUUUACACCAAUAUUGAUCUCGUUCCUCCUUCCCUAAAUAUAUUUUUUAAUUGUUUUUUGCUUCUUUAAGAACCCUUAAAAAACAAUUCUUUUAAUCCCCGCAUUUCAACAAAAAAAAACAGAUUUUUUUAAAAUCAUUGUAUGUAUGUAUUUUGUAAAAAAAAAUUCUUUAACAUUUAUAAAAAUUAAACCAAAUUGAAUUUAUAUAUGAUGUAGGUUUUUUUGUGUUUCAUGAGAAGCUUUUCCCAACCAAAAAUUUAAAAAGAUUUCAUCUUCGUUUUUUUUUGUAAUUCAAAUUACUUAAGAUUUUUUUGCCCUUAAUGUGUUAAAAAAAAACAAGAAAUUUAAGUGGAAACUUUAAGAGAGGAAAAUAACUUAAAAUCGCUUUAUUUAGUAACUAUUUUUUGUAAAUAUUUCGUAUUAUAAAUAAAAAUUUGGAUAGUUAAAUCAACAAGGAAAAUCUGUAAAUUAUACACAAUACUUGACAAGACUAGCUAAAGAAACUGCCGAUUUUUCAUAUUAAAAACAAAAUAACUAUUUUCUAAGACGGAGAAAUCUAAAAGUACCACAAACGUAUAAUUUUUGUCAAUAAAUUAUACUGAUAAAUAUGUGUACUAAAAACAUUUAUUAUAAAAAAAAUAUUUAAUUUAAGCGCUAGAGAGAAAAUGAGAGAAUAAUUUUAUUGCAUUUUAAUUAAUUUUCUUUUUCAUCUUAACAUAUUUUUUUUUACAAUUUAAUGAGAAAAUAGAUAUAAAAUGAAUUUUCCACUGUGUUUUAAUAUUAGUUUUUUUAUUACUUAUUAAUUGUCUAACUUUGUAAAGUUGGUCCUCUUUUUACAAAGAAUUUUUUGUCAUUUUUUUGUAUUGUAUGAAAUGAACAAACUAAUACGUAGCAAAAUACACAUUUUAUUCAUAAAUUAACUAAUCACCAUUGUGGAAACCAUGUUAUUUUUUGGCUUUUCCUCCCCCCUCCCUUCAACCACCAAGUAAAAUAAUUAUCUCAUGUUUUUUUUACCUUUUUGUAGAUUUUUUUUUGUUUAAAAAAAUGUCAUUGGAAUAUUUGAGAAUGUGUGAAGAAAAUACAGAGAGAAAGAAAAUUUAUUUAAAGAAAAAUAUUUUAGGUAAUAUUUUAGGUAUAUAUAUAUAUUGUAAGAGAAUUGAAUAUAUAUAAAAAGAUGAAUAAAAGAAAUAAACGGAAAAAUGUUACCUAGUUUUAUGACUAUGAACGUCAAGUGAGAGAAAAAUUGUAAUUAAUAGAAGAAGGAAAAAUAAAAAUUCUAGAAUUUAUCAAUGAAAAA